AUGGUACGAGAAGGCAUUAAUCCCAAAAAAAAAAUAAAAGUGAAUAAGAUCUCCUCCAUGUGCAAGAAAGUUGAGAAAAAUGAAUUCCAAGGGUCAAGGACAAAAUACCGAGUAAUUGAUAAUAAGAAAAAGGAAAAUUUGGAAAAACAUUACACACGAGGAAAAGUCUGGCUGUACGAUAAAAUAAAUAAAAUAUAUGCAAAUUUGAACAUAUUUAAGAUGAAUAUCCAAAGACGUAAUCAUCAUCGUCAUCGGGAUCCUGAUGAUAGGAAGAAGAAGAGGAAGAGAGAGGAGCAAGGGAAUGGAUACAUUGAUGAACAAAAAAAUAAUAAGUCAAAAAUGAGAACAUUUGAGGAUAUUUUCAAUAUGGACCUGGAAGACUCAAAAAAAACGAGAAAAUACCCCACCCAGUUAACCUCCUUUGAACAUGUAGAAAUUUUAAAAUCCUUGUUAUGUAUAUACAAAUUUUACACAUCAUGUGAUAGCAACUGUGAGGUAAGUAAUAUCCCUUUGGUGAGUGCACAUAAGAAUUCUCCAACAAGGAAAAACAAUAUAGUAUUACAAGAUGAGGAAGGAAAAAAGUAUAAUGGAAAAACCAGCACAAUAAGUAAUAGGAACGAAUUCUUGUGCCAUAUACAAAAUUAUAAAAUGAAAGAAUGCGAUAAAUAUAACAAAAGUUUUAAUGAUAUUUUUUCACACAUUGUGAAUGAAGAAUGUGGAUUUUUUUUUAUACUAAACACUAUAUUUUUUACAAAAUUAAAAAAUUAUUACUAUUUUGUAGACAUAAUAAAUGUUUUAAAUUAUAUGGGAAUUCAUAAUACUGUCAAAAUAGACGAUGAAAAUAAAAAAAAAAAUGACUUAAUAUAUCAACAGAUUGCCUUAUUUGUAGAAAAUUGUUAUAAUUGUCUUAUUUAUGACAUAAAUCAAAACACAAAAUGCUGCUUAAACAAUCAACCAUGUGAAAGUGGAAUAUAUACAAAUUUAGUUCACGCAAGAAAAAAACAUUUAGACAUUAUUGAAAAAGUAAAAAACAAUUUAGAGACUCUAAAAAUGGAAAAAUCAGAUGAAGAACUUUUAUACAUUUCAAUGAAUGAAUGUAAUAAAAAAAUAUACGAGGAAUUUAGUAAAAUUCCAGACUUGUUUUAUGACAUAUCAGGAAUUACUGAAUACAGCAAGAGUGACCAAUCAAAGGAAGGAGAAGAUGUACAUAUUGGAUACACUCCAAGUGAAAUUAUUCCCCCGCAAAACAGUAUCGACAAUGAGAAAACAAGUUUAGGAAAAAAUGAUACAAUUUCACUGUAUAAUGAAAAUGAUUAUGGAAAAUCAUUUACAUAUGAUGAUUUGAGAAAUAAUCAUCACAUUUUAAAAAACUCCAUUUCGACCAAAUCGAAUUUCGAUUCUUUUCUUGGAUGUUUUCAUAAGAACCAUUCUUGUAGCACGACUAAAAAUGAUAUGGAACGAAAUGAUAGAAUUUUCAAUCAUCACAGUUUUCCAUUUAAUAACCCAAAUGAACAACCGUGGAACACACAUACAUGGGUGAACAACACAAAUGACUGUAACAAUUCACACAAUGCUCAUCCAAAUGAAAAUGUUGGAAAGGGUUACAUAAAGAGUUUUUUCGAGAAUUUAUUUAGAAGAGAAAAAGUGAAACAAACCUCGAAAGAAAAUGAAUUCUCGAAAGAAAAUGAAUUCUCGAAAGAAAAUGAAUUCUCGAAAGAAAAUGAAUUCUUGAAAGAAAAUGAAUUCUCGAAAGAAAAUGAAUUCUUGAAAGAAAAUGAAUUAUUCAAUUGGGGUAACAAAAACUCCUUGCCAGAACAGGACUAUCAAAGAAAGGAAAUUAAUUUGCACUCAUCAAAGGGCGUGAAGGAAAAUAUUGCAAAGUGCAGCACGCAUAAAAAAAAAAGCGUGUCGAUGAAUGAGAAAAACAUUGAAACCCUUGAAGUUAAUCCACUACACAAUCCAAAUUGUAACAGUGAAGAUGCAACAACAGGCGUAGGAGAAAAAUGCCCAAACCGACGAGAAGUCAAAAAUUCAGAGAAGGAAGAUGAAUAUAUGAGUAACAAGUUAAUACAAGGAUGUUCUACUGAUAUCGAAGAAGAAAAUAAUUCAUCUCAAUACAAUGUGUUUGGAGAAAGAAAAAAAAAAAAUAACAUCGAAAAAUUGGAAAAAUCACAUUCAGAAGAACACAAUGACAUGAGCAAUCCUGAUGAUAUAAAUAGAGACACACCUAAUGAUGGAUCUGUCAUGGUUGAAAAUGUGUGUGUACAAAAAAAAGAAUAUGCAAAAUAUAGACUUAUGGAAGAAUGUGAACCUAACUUCGCCAGAAAGAGUAACAAGAUAAAAGAAGAAAUAUUAACAUACGAAGAGACAAAUGAAAGGGAAGAAGUCGAAAAAUGUUUCGAAAGAGGAAGUUACGACCAUAUAUGUAACAAAGAUAAUGAAACAGAAUUGGUAAAGUCACACAAGGAUGAAACUAAAUUUGUAAGAAGUGUAGAUGAAGAACAGGAAGAGAAAUCAGAACAAGAUAAUUUAUCAAAUAUACCACAAGUGAAUGAAAUUGAAGAGUGCAAAAUUGAACAGCACGAUAAUGAAGAAAUAGAAUCUGCAAAUAAUGGCCAUUUAAUGGAAUCACGUUCAUAUGAAUUUAAUGAAGCGUCAAAUGAGGCGUUAAAUGAGGUGUCAAAUGAGGCGUCAAAUGAUGCGCCGAAUGAUGUAUCGAAUGAUGCUAUAGACGAUGAUAAAACUGAUAAGCAAAAUGAAAGUAAUCCCAAACCAUUUGAGGAAAAUUUCCAACAGGCAGAUAUAGCAACUGUGUGCGAAAUUGAAUAUCAGGAAGGAAAGGAAAAUCAUAACGAUUUAAGUGAUAUUUCAAAAUGUGAAAUCUAUCAAUUCCAAAAUAUGAAUAAUGAGAAGGAAACUAAGGAAGAACAUUCAGAGAAUAUUACCCCCAAUGGAAAUGCCUCACACCCAGAAAAGAAAAUUGUAAUGCUGAAAGGGGUGGAAAAUUUAACCAUAACUGGCAAAUCUGAAACAAAUGUUUUCUUAGAGGAUGAAAUAGGAAAAGAUACGUUAACAAGUCAGCCAGAAAUAAAUAGUUCCUUUGUAGGUGAUGGAGAAAAAAAUAUAGAGAGCCUAAGAGAAUCUCCUAGAUAUGUAAGCGAGCAGGAUGAUAUGGAUAAAACAAGUUAUGGCAAACCUGUUGAGAAUGUUGAAUGUGAUAAUAAAUCAAGUGAGGAGAACAACUAUGUUGCAAGAAAACAUGGUGAAGACGAUUAUUCAUUGGAAGGAAACAGUGAUGAAGAACAUGACAACUUCAAAAGUUCUGAAAAAAAUCAAAGCGCAGAAGAAGAAGAAGAAAAGGAAAAUUUUAGCCUGAGUGAUGAAGAGAGUGAAUCGGAAAAAUCAGACACAGCUUGCACAUUAGAUGAUAAGGAUUCCAUCUUGAGUGAAGAAUCAAAUUAUGAUGAAAAGAAUAACGAGGUGAUUAUUAAUUUUUUAAAAUGUAAAAAAGGAAAUGUGGACAGAGGUUGGUACAUUGAAUACCUGAAGAAUUUACUAAGAUGUGAUGAAAAAUGUACAAUAGAAAAUCAUACAGAAGAAAAAGAUUUAUUUAUCAAGAAAGUGAAAAAAUUAUGUUAUUUAAUAAAAAAUAAAAAAUUUAAAGAAAAAUAUAUAAAAAAAUGGGAAAAAAAAAUAUCACUUUUUAAAUGUUCUAAAUUACAAAGGGCUUAUAAAAUAUUUCUAGUAAUCAUGUUUUCUAUAGUAAAAGAAAUAAAAGAAUUAAAAAAGGAGCUAAAAGACAUGCAUCAAUUUAUUUUUAUCAAUUCAGGUAUUGAAAAUUAUUUAAAUGAAAAUAAUAUAUCUAUUGUUAAAAAGGAUGAAAACAAUGAUAUUAUUAUGAACACUUUUGAUACUCAUGAACAUCAGGUCAAUAACAAUAAUGUAAUUAAUAACUUCUUUUUAAGGAAAGGCUUUUCAAAUGAUGAGAAUGAUCUAGAGGGUGAUGAUAAAAUGGAAAAAAAAAAAAAAACCAGAAAAAAAAAAUAUAUUUCCUAUGUCCCGCUACACAACUACAGCAUCUUGUUCCAAUCGUUAAAAGAAAUAUUUCACGAAAAAAAUAUACAAGACAAAUUAACGCACAUUUCUUAUUACAUCGAACUAGAUAAAUACAUACCUCAUUAUUGUAAAAUAUUUUUUGAUAAAUUUAAAAUUAAAGCAAAUCAUUUAUCACACAUCCAGAGUUUGUAUAAGAAUUCUACACCUACAGUCUCCUGUGUAAACAUGUUUAUCUCAUGCUUAAAUUAUAAUUAUGCGAAAAUUCAUAAAAAAAAAUCUAUUUUUAAGUACGAAUUAAGUAAUACCUAUCUGUCAAUUCUUCCCGCAGUAUUCUGCUGUGAUAUUCAAAAAAUUAAACAUGUAGAAUUUUUAAAGUUAAAGGAAACUUGUCAAAAAAUUAUUAAAAAACAAAAAAUUUAUGAAUAUUUUGUGGAUCAUCUUUCAUCCUACCAAUUUGAUGAAUCCUACUUUAUUAUUCCAUUUUUUACAUCAUAUGGAAAAUUUUUAAUACUAAUUAAAACUGGAAAAAAUGACAUCUCAGAAUAUUCCGUAGAUGUGUUAAAAAAUAAAAAUUCUAUUACAUAUGAUAUCCUUAUUAACAGUUUUGUUUUCCCUAAUGGCAGUAGCUUUCAAGCCAUUGUUCAUCUUUCCCACAUCUUUAUAAAAACAUUGAGGAAUUCUUUUAAGACUAGGAAUUCUGACGAAAACAUCCCAGAUAUAACCUUCUCCAGCUUACCCCUCAUAAACAAACAGAAUCUCAUAUAUCAUGAAAUUGAAGCAGACACAAACAGGGCUGAUAUUAUUAUCAACAUGCUUUUCUUGUUGGAAUCCUUUUUUAACAACACGAAAAAAAUGAAGGCCCCAAUGGAAUUCAAUCAAGGGUUGCGCUUUCUGUACAUUGUUAGACUGCUAGAAUUUUUUCACGAAAAAGAUAAAAACUCUGUAGGCAGCAAAUGA